AUGAAUUUUGGUAAUGAAAAAUCAUUAUCAGUGCCACCAUCACUAUUAACUAGAUUUGCAGGAUUUGCAGGAAAUGUUAACAAUAUGUUGGGAGCAGGAAUAUUUUCCACGCCAGGAAUUGUUUGGCAAAAAGUUGGUUCGCCUGGCGCCACGUUGAUCCUAUGGAUAUUAGGUGGGUUUAUAAGUAUGUGCGGAUCACUUACAUAUGUUGAGUUUGGACUCAUCACUUUAGAAAGUGGUGGUGAAGUGGCUUUUUUUAAAAAAGCAUUCCCUAAACCCAAAAGGCUUAUGAGUCAUAUUUUCAGUUUUGUAUGGGUUAGACCUACAUCCCUAGCAGCAGUAUUGCAAGCCUUUUCGCAAUAUUUUUUAUUUACUAUUUUACAACAUCCUAAUGAGAACGAAAAAAUCGAAAAUUUCGAAAAAUAUUGUAAUGAUGUAAGAGGAUUUCAGAAACAAUUACAUUCAAGUGACAUCCAGAGUCUUGAUUUUUGGAGAAUAAAAGCUAUUGAUACUCUUAUUAAUGCUGCCUUUAUAACAGUUUUACAGCCAGAUGAGGUAAUUAAAUUUGGGAAGGAUCCUAACGAAGUGAUAGCAGGGUUUUUUGGUAAACGGAUAUUCGGUGACAUUUUUUCAAGAGUAUUGACUUUACUUGUUUCUCUGUCGGCUUUUGGUGCAGCAUCUUCUAUGACAUGGAGUGGUUCCCGUGUCAUUGUGGCCUCUGCAAGAGACGAUCUUUUACCUUUCUUCCCCGUUUAUUUAAGACAAUUACAUGAUGAUUAUUUAACACCUUUUAAUGCUCUUUUAGCGCAAUUUAUAUGGAGUGUGAUAGUUUUCAUAGCUGUUGGUGCAUUUUCCACAGACUCAUUUAAAGUGUUAUCAGAUUUUAACAUAUAUCUUGUGUGGAUUUUUUAUUUAUGUGCUAGUAUUGGUUUGUUGUGGCUUAAAUAUAAAAAACCAAAUCUUCACCGAUCAUUUACGGUUUGGUGGGGACUAACAGUCAUAUUCAUGCUUUCCGCAGUAUUUAUAAUUAUUGGAAAUACAAUGACACCAGAUAAAACACAAUAUUCCGAUGAUACUGGUAUAUUAGGUUGCCAAGAAGAUACAGCAAACCCACCAGAAUAUAUAAAGGUAAUCUUAAGUAUUGUAUUUAUAAUUGCCGAAAAAUCAGACAAAAAUAAUGAUCGAAUGAUUGAUUAUACACCUUGUCCAUCAGUGAAUGAUUAUGACAUUGAGGAAGAUGGUGCAAUUCGAAAUCAUAUGGAUGAAGGAUGUAGUUUCGAAAAGAAAAUCAAAAGAAGAUACAUGCUACAAAUGUAG